AAAUGCCAAGUUCCUGAUGGCUGAAGCCUGAAGGGCCAUCAUUGCGGUCCAAUGUACUCCUGCCCUUUAUUUAUUUAUCCCUUUUUUUUCACUAGGGUAACAUCUCUUUGCUCCCAACAGUAAACAAAACAAACUAUUUUAAUAAUGCUUGUUUGAUAAUUUCAAUUGAAAUAGAACUUAGGAGUUCCUCAUUCCAUAUAGUUUUGUUUUCACUACACAAAAUCUCUUGGGUACAAGAAGAAAUUUUUUCCUUGUUUAUAUAUAAAUAAAACCUCUUAAAAGAAUUAUCAUUUCAAACACACAAAUCCAUCUGUCUCUCUCAUGGCAAAAACCUCCAUUGUUAAAGUUCUUGAGCACUGCAAAAUCUCUCCACCUCCAUCACCAAAUUUCAACAUUACUCUUCCCUUGACUUUCUUUGACAUUCCUUGGCUUUUCUUUUCUCCAACUCAACCUCUCUUCUUCUACGACUACCAUUUCUCCACGUCACACUUCUUAUCCACAACUCUCCCAACUCUCAAGCAAUCCCUCUCCCUCACUCUCCUUCACUUCUUCCCUUUCGCAGGAAACCUCUUGCUGCCCUCUGACACAAACGAAAAGCCCAGGAUUGUUUGCACUGAAUUCGACUUUGUUUCACUCACUAUCGCUGAGUCUGAUGGCGAUUUCACUCAUUUAACCGGGAAUCAUCCCCGAGAUAUCAAUGACUUUCACUCUCUCGUACCCGAAUUGCAUACGGGUUCAGUAAGUGCCAACGAAACUACUCUUCUUCUUCCUCUGUUUGCCGUGAAAGUUACGGUCUUUGCAAAGUCUGGUUUAUGCAUUGGGUUGGCUUAUCACCAUGUUGUGGCUGAUGGUAGAACGUUUAACAAUUUCGUCAAAACAUGGGCGUCUUUUUGUAAGGAUUCUUGCUUCUUUAUGAAUUCAUCUCCAUCCUACGAUCGUUAUGUGAUACUUGAUCGAAAUGGGCUCGAAGAUGUCUUCUUAAAGGAGUGGUUCAAGAGGAAAAAAAUGGUUAUAGGCUCUGAAACUGAGAAAGACUCGCCUGAAAUGGCUCGAGUCACUUUUGUACUGAGCUUGAACGACAUGGAGAAGGUAAAAAAAUGGAUCAUAGGCCAAUGCAGGAAGAAGAACUGGCCGCAGCCGGUUCACUUGUCGCCAUAUGUAUUAACCUGCGCUUUUCUAUGGGUUUGUUUGCUGAAAUCACUCAUUCAAGAAGACGGCAAAACGACUCGGAAAUUUCAUGCGGAGGAUCCAAGUUAUUUCGGGUUCAAUGCAGGUGGGAUAAAUCGGUUGGAUUAUCAGGUACCCACUUCUUAUUUCGGUAACUGUAUCGGGUUCGGUCGGUCCAUGGCACGUGUGGGUGAGCUAUUGGGAGAAGAUGGUAUUAUUGUUGCAGCAAAUUCAUUAGGGAACACAAUUAAAAUGUUGGAUAGAGCAAUGUUUGAAGGAGCUGAGAAGUGGAUAUCGGAUUGGGAAGUGUUAUUGGGGUCGGAUCUUCAUGUUAUGGUUUGUGGGUCACCGAAAGUUGAUCUUUAUAAAACGGAUUUCGGGUGGGGCAGGCCGAAGAAAAUAGAGGAGAUUUCAAUUGAAAAAACGAAAGCAAUUUCAUUAAGUGAGAGUAGAGAUUUUGAAGGUGGGAUUGAAGUUGGGUUAGCCCUACCAAAACUUCAAAUGGAUUCUUUCAGCUUUGUCUUCAAUCAAGGAUCUUCAAAAGAGACAGGAAUAUCCUGAAUUUGUGCUUCAAUUAUAACAUAAGGUAUGUCACAUUAACUCAUUCCUCUUAUUUUUCAACAAUGCUCUAUCUAGUUCACAUUUGGAGUGUAUAAGAAUUCAUGCUUUUGCAUAUCAUCCCAUAAUGGGGAGACUAUAGGCUUUAUUUAUUUGGGUAUAAAGAGAUAGUUCAUUGAAUCCAGGGUGCAAAUUUUUCUAUUCAUAAUUACUAGUAAAAACUCUUGUGUUCAUAACUAACCAACCUCCAAUACAAGUCAUAGAAACUCUUCUAUUCAUGAGUAGCAAGAAAAGUAAAUCUUGAUUGCUGCAGCUGUUUUCAUCAUCUCUCCUUAACGUGUAUCAUUUCUCUUUGAACUAAACCUUUUAGCAACUCUACCCAUUUCAACAUUAGUUUUUAAGCAAAAUUAAUACUCAUUAUUAGUAUAUAUAAUUUUGUUAUAUCUAAUUUGAUUUUGAUUUUUCACUUCAAAUAUGAACAUAAUGUACCAAUGAAACUAAAUAAAAUGACAGAAUAUGAAGUCAAAGGCCCGGUGUAGCUUAUAGAUUUCAAGCUUUCCUUGUAUAAAAUUCCGAUACAAUUAGUAUAAAAUACAUUAAAACUCUCUAUACUAACAAUGAAUACUAAUAUGUAUACUAAUAAAGACAUAUCACCACAUAAUUGAAUGAUUUUGAAUUAUAUAAUGAAAUAUUAUCGUUCGUACACAAGCUAGUAGCUAUCGCUACUAAACAUGGUUUUGCUGAUAAAAAUAGGAUACCAGGGUGGCUCACAAUUCUUUUAAGAAAAAAAGCCCUGGUAAUCAUCCAAAUAAAACCCAGUCCCAAAUACAAACAGUUUUGAGGACAUAUGUCAAGCCCAGUGGGUUAAAAAAUAUUCUGAAACUGACAUUAUAUUUUUAUUUCAAAUUCAUCACUCCUGUCAUAUCAAUCUUAUUAAAUUCAGAUCUCAUAUUAUGCAGUUUGUUAUACAACCCACCAUGCUCCAGCUUCUCUCAUUCAAGGUCCCCUCACCAAGCAAUCCU